AUGGCGGCCAGUCAGCCCUCUUCGACAAAACGAUUGGCAGAUCGGCCUGUGUGGCUGAAAAGCGUAGACCUGACUGGAUAUUCAGCUCUAGCAUGCCGCGCCCGAUGGAUCCAAUUGCAAAUUUUGCGAAAGUCGCGAGGUCUUGCGGCUGUCAUCAUUGGAAGUGGACCUGACGUGUCUUUCAACGGUGCGAAUGAGGUGGCUUUGAGCUGGCUGCUCCUCGGAAUCAGCGGCAGGGAACUCUUGGCAUCAACAGUCGACACAGUCUACAGUGAGUGUUUCGUCUGCAUCCGUGCAGACAGGACGUACAUAUUCUGCAAGCGAUCCGUGCAGCAGGAGGUGGUUAUGCGAACAGCGCUCUGGGAAGCGGUGACCAUCAUUGUGCCAUCAGAAGAAGACGAAGCCGAUGCCGACAAAUAUGAAGCUCUUAAGAUUGGAGCGUUCAUUGACAUGGUGAAGAGCUGCAGCUCCCUGGGUGUGUUUGUAAGAGAACUCGAUACAGGCCACGACUUGAAAAUGACCGUGGAGCGGUGGCCCUUGGUGCAGGCUUUUGGAUUCGACGACUACGGCCAUGGAUUCUUGACUUUGCGCCGGCAAGUGGUAAACUUGGAGGCAGAUUUCCAGCAGAAGAUCUUGGCCGCUUGGGAUCUCCAAUCCAUGCUUUGGGCACGGAGCCUGGUCUCAAAGCUGCAGAAAGCCUGGGAGGACGCGUUGCUCUGCUAUGACUCUCAUGCAGGAAAGGACUUCCUGGUGAAUCCGGCAGGACAGACAGGAGCUCCGGCUUUGCAACUAAAUCCGGCCCCGCGGGUCCUCUUCGGUGUGGAGUCCGACAAGAUCGUCCUUGGAAUAAUCCCUACCGGAGACGAGCCGCCUCAGCAUUUUGCACCGGACGCGCAGCACAUGAUCUGGGAGGGUGUCGAUCCUGUCACCGGCAUUGCUGCCACACGCACGUACCUCCUCAACACGCCGUUUGAGAAAGCAAUCACCAUGGCCAUGCAGACUGGCCCACCGUACGUCCCGAGCGGACUGCAGCUGCGCCAGUCGCCUGUGCUUUCCAGCAGGCGGCAUUGUGUUUUUCAAGCAUGCGGGCACCUGCGCCCAGCCUUCAUCGCAGUGGGUGUCGGUGCCGUGAGCUCAAGGCGGCGAUUGCCAGACACAAGACGACAGCAGACGAAAGUUAGAGCAGAGGAAAGCGGCUCGGAGUCCGUGCCAACACAGCUGAUUCCGGACGAGUUUUUUGAUGAGCCUCAGGUGGAUACAUUUCAAUCCUGCUUGAUGCAAUGUCAAGCUCUGCGCCGAAAGGUGCAAGAGGAACUCGCGUACGAGCUUGAGGAUGAUGUCUGGGAAAGCCUGAAAGCCAGGUCUCUGACCAAACCGCUUAAGGCGAGCGGUCAGGCGCAACAAGAGGUCGCCCCGACACCGUUGCAGUCGGGCCUGACCACACCGCAAGAGGCAGGACUUGCCUCCCAACCGGCGCCACCGCAAGGGGCAUCGGAGGAAGGUCCUUCCCUGUUGCAGCCUUUUUCUUUCGAGGACAGCACAGCAGUGGGACUUACAGCGGCAAGCCAUGGUGUGGAUAUCAACGACCAAACCGCCAUGAAGAACUGGCUGGCAAAGCCUGUGCAGAACAAUCAGCAGGUCUUCGAGAUGGUGAGGUCGUAUCAUCGUGCAAUUACUCGCCCGGAAAUGUACAAAUUUGGUUUUGCAACUGGAAGCGGCCUUGAAGACCGUGGACGAAACGGUGUUGAAGGUUUUGACCUCUGGGUGGCCGAAUUUUAUGAAGCCGGACCAGUACAUCAACGUGCUCACCCAGGCCUUCAUGGAAAAGUUUGGUGGCAGCUCAGGGACGCCACUGUAUUCUGA